AUGCUUGGCUGUGGCGAGGGUAACCUGGAGAGGGUGACAGCUUCGCUGUUAAAAUGUGUUCGCCUCGCAGGUUUGCGACAGGACGCGGGCUCCCUUUUCUGGCACGGACGGCGAGCCGAGGAGGACGCCCCGAGCGUGGCGUUGCUGCGGGCAGCCGGAGCCUUUCCAUUGGCGCUGACCAACGUACCAGAGCUGUGCAUGUGGGGCGACUCUCAGAACCUGGUGGACGGCUGCACGCGGAACCCACACGACACGCGCCGAAGCCCCGGCGGAAGCAGCGGUGGAGAGGGAAGCCUCCUGGCUGCAGCUGGCUCACUGAUUAGCCUAGGCACAGAUAUCGGCGGAAGUGUGCGAAUACCAGCCGCCUACUGUGGGGUCUUCGGCCACAAGCCUACAGCCGGAGUGGUGCCCAACACUGGACUACUGCCAGAUGUUGGAGAAAAUCUGGAGCAGUUCAACUGCGUGGGUCCCAUGGCAAGGUUCGCGGAUGAUUUGCCGCUGAUGCUCAACGUCCUGGCGGGAAGUGCCACCCAUGGGCUUAGACUAAAUGAAAAGGUCAAUCUGAAGACGCUUAAGCUGUAUUACAUGGAAACAGAAGGAAGCGUUUACAUCAGCCGUGUGACCACUGAGGCUCGCCGGGCAGUUAGACGGGUGACCCAGUACCUAAGCGGGGCGCACGGACUAGAAGCGCAUCGGCUGCACCUACCCGAGAUGCGAUUGGGCAUGGUUAUGUGGUUCAAGGUGGCCGCCGCCAAGGAGCCCAAGCCUUUGCCCGAGAUGUUCCGGCCCGGCGGCUUCAGCACGUUAGUCGAACUGCUCCGCCACCUGGUGGGAGCUGGCCGGCAUACACUUGCAGCGUUGGCCACGAUCAGCAUGGCGCCGCUUUUCCGCUUCGGUUCGAAGCAGCAGGCUGCCGACUACGUGGCCUCCUUAGACAUCGCCCGCGACCGGUUCGAGGAGACGCUGGGGGACAACGGAGUGCUCGUCCUGCCCGCGGCCACCAGCGCUGCCCCGUUCCAGAAUCAGGACUUGCUAUUCCUGGAUUCGCCGGGCAUGACAGCACUGUUCAACUUAUUCAAGGUGCCCGUCACGGUGUGCCCCGUAAUGUGGUCAGCGGAGAGAUUGCCCCUGUGUGUCCAGGUGGUGGCGAAGAGGGGAAACGACAGGCUAUGCCUGGCUGUCGCCAGGGAGAUCGAGAACCGCUUUGGUAGGCUUGAUCCUUCAGCGAAACUGCAGGGGCGAGUCUGAGGUCCGGGCAAAUGACACUUCAUUAUAGCUGGCCCUUCUUGCCAGCGCGUUUUAUGUUGGCUAGAAUUGCAAGGAAGCUGUUUCCAAGUGUGCGCAACGGCAAAGCAGAUGACUCAGAUGAGUGCCUCAGGUGCAAUAGCUUGUACGUAUGCAAAAUAUUUUGUACAUUUGUUAUCGUGUGCAUUGAAAACAUACGCCGUAAAGAGCAUGUGGCAUUUUCAAAAAUGAUGCGUCACGUUCUCGUAUAAAAAGAUUUUCUUUGUUUUAUUAUUUUAAAUCGUUGCACAGAAAGACUAACAUUACUAGCAGCUUGUUUUGCAGGAAGUUUGAAUAAAAGAAAUUGCAACA